CACAGGCACUAGACAACGGCACAUUAUUAUGAUUAUUGAUUUGCAAAAAAUAUUUUUUGGACCAAUUAGGUGAAGUUGCAUAAUUUCCCACGGCACACCAGACAAUGUCUCACGACACAGUGGUUGAAAAUCACAGACAUAGAGAAUCUUUGACUAGCACUUUUGCUGUAGGUCCUUUAAAACUUUGGCUCCAGUGCCAGGAAAGCCUGUGUGUGUGUGUGUGUUGAGUGUGUUGCACCGUGGAGGUGAGCUGAGAAAGCAGGGCGCGGUGCCACGGGUUGUGUGCCAUCUCCUGUGCAGUGGAUCUGAUGUCCUCCUCAACACUGAUGGAAGACAAGACUGCCAGUGUGUGCACUAUUACAUCCAUCAGAACCUGUUGCAGCAGAAGUCUGACGAGAAGGAAGGAUGUGUUCAGUUUAGAAAGUUUCCAGUCACGAAGAAGUCACCGAGUUCACAUUUUCGAAGCAGGACUUGGUGCACAAUGUCACACUCUUCACCCAGCAGAGGCGAGUGUAAAGCAUCUCCCCAUCAGGCCAAACCUCCCACCUGUGAGCCUCUUGGGAAUUACCGCCAAAAGGUGCAAGAAUCACAGAUAAAAGACGGCAGUGGCCUCUGUUUCACCCUGCAAGCCCGGACCACCUUCACUUCCAGGCCUGUCAGGAGGAGGCACAGCGUGGACGGGACCCUCACUUUGGUUUCAGGACAAGGCCCGGUCGCCGCGCCUCGCUUCCACCCGUACCUGCGACAAUGUAGCGAGGAGGCGGCGGCGAACCCGGGUUGUCUUCAGCAUGCCUCGUCUUCCUUCAGCGGCUUGCUGGAGGUGUGCGGCCCACAAACGUGCUGCCUCACACACAACUCCAGCGGCGAGGCGCCGUCACCGUGGGAACAGAACAACAGUAGACAUCAGUAUUCCUACUCAGACCUACCAGUGGCUCCUGCUGAGACUUCCCAGCGCUACCGCUCCUUCAGUGCAGCAAGUCCUCUCCAAGAGGUGGCAUCAAGAUUGUACACGGCCGAGGAGCAUUACAGCAGGCCCAUGCAUUCUCUUCACAGCCUCUCCUCUCACGCUCAUUACAGGAGCCCCGCACUGACCCUCUUCCCCAAGCCGGCUUACUCGUACAGCAUUCUCAUAUUCAUGGCCCUGAAGAACAGCAAAACAGGAAGCCUGCCAGUCAGUCAGAUCUACAGCUUCAUGACUGAAAACUUCCCCUACUUUAAGACAGCCCCUGAUGGAUGGAAGAACUCGGUGCGACACAACCUCUCCUUGAACAAGUGUUUCGAGAAGGCGGAGAUCCAAAAUGGCAACUCGUCCCGUAAAGGUUGCCUGUGGGCUCUCAAUCCCGCCAAGGUGGCAAAGAUGCAGGAGGAGCUCCACAAGUGGCGCCGCAAAGAUCCCGUCACUGUUCGCAGGAGCAUGGCGAGACCAGAGGACCUCGAUCGCCUCCUUGGAGAUCGGCCCAACAAGUGGCGAUCGGCGCCGGUUUACACCAGAACUGCAGGUGUUGAUGGCGCCUCCUUCUCAACACCCAGUCGACGUCCGCACUAUUCACAGACUUCUCCACCUUCGGAGCCGCUCCUCCACCUGCAUCAGCAGCUCACAGCUGACGUCCAAUCCAACGCAGCUUCGAGUGGGAAGCUCCCGCCCGCCUACAGCGCCGCCCCGCAGGCCGACCUCAGCGUCAGAAGCCUGCAGGACUUUUUGUUCGAGGACACCAGUUAUGAUGUGGAUGUGCUCAACCCCAGUCUGACGGACCUGCAAUUGCAAGGUAAUUUUUGGGAGGAGUUGCGAGAAGACAGCUUGACAGCAGCUCCCACAAUGCCAACCUUCCCUCCCGUCCUGCAGGCGUCCUGCGUCCAUCCCAGCUGUGUGGACGCAAUACUGCCCUACUGUUAGUAAGACACCUCCCCGUGUCCUUUUCCGAGUGGAUUUACCUUUUUAAAGUUUGUUGAAGAGCGGACAAUUUGCUGCUGUAUUCUAACGCUCCUUCAGAGAUGUACGAGGCCAAAGUGAAGUCCUCAAAUCUUUGUUCUCCCAGGUGUGAUGGAGGGACAAUAGACACCAUAACCCCAACACAGCCUUUUUGUCUUCUUUUCCUUCUCACACCAGUUUAAACAACAUCUUUUCCAGUUUUGUGAAUGCAUUUUCAAUCCCCCAAAACAAGCUCUUUUGGAGAAACGUAC